UUUCAGCACUAGUGCCAGCGCUACACUACGACUCCUGCUCGGUGGGGAAAUAAAAGGAAAAAGAAAGUCACUAAAGUAAGCAUACUUUUCCGAAACGAAAGGAAGCUCGUAUGGUUCUUUUGGGUUAACACUCGACUAGUCGUGCAAUUCAUUAGUUGUAUCAACGUGCAGGAAACUGAGCAGACAAAGCAGACGAAAGCGCAACAUCGUACAACAGGAGAGCAGGGCGUCGAAGUUUUUAGCAAUUCAUCGUUCAUCUCAGUAGACAUAGAGAUAGAGCCUAAACAAGAAAGCCGUAUCUUCAAGAGUCUUUUCCGGGCAAAAAAACUGAUGCAGGUCUACAACUCGUCAAGGUCAAACUCCCAGUGAGAACACGACAGUAUUGUUGUUUACAAAUAAACGCUUAGGUGGACGACUCCAUUGUAAUAUUAAAUCCCAAACGCCUUUUAGUUUUUUUUUCUGACCAGCAAGACCUCCCAAAAAUCCACAAACAUGGCCGAAGAGGAGCAAGUGGAGGUGCCCGUGCCGGCUGCCCCGCUGGCCGAGGACGCGCUCCCUGUCCGCGAGGAGUUUCACUCGUCCCUGUUCACCGAGCUGAGCACUGCCGAGGCCAAGUUUCGCGCCGGCGUGGAGAAAAAGGCGGCAAAGGACGCGGAGAGCGAGGGGGGAGACGGGCUGCCGGUCGCGGAGUCCAACCUGGUGUACGGCGAGCUGGGGCUGAAAAACCUGUGCGAGGUGCUCAACUGCUGCAAGAUAUCCACAGUAAAUUUCCCGUACACGUGCAAAUGCAGUCUCUGCAUGACAAAACUUGCCUUCAAUCCUAGUCCAGCAUGACAAGUUGGACUCUGCAAGGUAGCGCAAUUUGUCAUGCAUUUUAUUGUACAUGUACAGGAAAUUUACAUUGCAUACAAGACCGUGGGGCGCGUCUUCCCCGAGACCUGCACCUUCGUGGACUGUGGCAGCGGGCUGGGCAAGCAGGUGCUGGGCGCGGCGGUGUUGGAGCCCAAAUUCGCCAAAAUCGUCGGUAUCGAGCUGCUCGAGGCCUACGACAGCAUGGCGCAGCAGGCCGUCGCGAAGUACACCGGCCUCGAGGAGCUUCCGGACGAGAGCAUCACGAAGGCGGCGGACGUGAGCUGUGUGAAGGGCAACUUUAUCGACGAGGCCGCGGCGUUUUGCACUCCGGACAACCAGGUCCUCCUCGCCGCGCUGUCCCCGUGCUACUCGGAAGAAACGCUGACGGGUCUGUGUGAGGCCGCGAAGAACGCGCAGGUGGGGAGUCUGCUGGUAACCCUAACCCGGGCCGCGCCGGACAUCACGCUGUGGGAGCCGCUGCACAUCGCCCCGCUCGAGUGCCCCUGGGGAAUCGCCACAAUGUUCGUGCAGGAAAAAAUCGCCAUGCCGCCGGCGGAGGAAUAAGUGUCGUCGCGUGGUGGACGAGGAGAAGACAGACCGAGUUGAUGUGAAAGAUCGUGCUGUCUGACGAAAUACUUUUACCUCGAAAAGAAUCAGAAUCAGAAAUUUUUCGCAAAAUUUUUUCGAACCAAACUUCGCGCCGAAGUUGCAAUAAACCAUGAAAAAAUGCAUUUGUUUCGACGACGUUUCGAUCUGUUGGCUCACUAUUUUACGACUGCACUCAGUAACACUAGAAAUACCUUAUCCUGCUACCCCAACUCCUGUUUCAAAUCAAUGUCGCAACUAAAAAUCUAAAUAAUCGCAAAUUGACUACUGUUACAACUGUUACUCACUUACUACUACUACUAAAUAAGUCGCACCAAAAUAUUAAAACCCAAGUUCCUGGGCUAGAAUCUUGGGACUACACUAAGUCGCAACUACUCGAGUGUCUGACGCAGGCCGCUAAUAGCAAACGAUAGCUGCAAGGCUCAUGACACCAACAUGACAACGGCACUCGGACGUCAAACAACUUGAGACACCUUUAUAUCAUUCACGCAAACGUUUACCCCGAUAGCGAUACAGAAAGACUGUCGAAGCGACAGAUGGGCUUAUGGGAAGCUCGUCCAGGUCCAUUGGAUGGCAUCGCGGAUGGCUUGCACUUCUACGCUGAACACUAUUCGAAGUUUGCACAUUGAUACGCAAUACAAUUCCG